CCCUCUCACCCCCAACCCACCCUCUCCAGGCCCGUCACCCUCCCCGCGCGCUCCUUUCCUUCCCGCUUUCCCCGGAGAAACAUGGCCGGGAACCGUGAGGAGGCGCCAGACUACGGGCGAGGCGUCGUGAUUAUGGAUGACUGGCCAGGGUAUGAUUUAAGCUUAUUCACGUACCCACAGCACUACUACCGAGACCUGGAAUACGUGCUCAUCCCUCAUGGCAUCAUUGUGGACAGAAUUGAACGGCUGGCUAAGGAUAUUAUGAAAGACAUAGGAUACUGUGACAUUAUGGUCCUGUGUGUACUCAAAGGAGGCUACAAGUUCUGUGCAGAUCUGGUAGAACACCUAAAGAACAUCAGUCGAAAUUCUGAUAGAUGUGUCUCUAUGAAGGUUGAUUUCAUCCGACUAAAAAGUUACAGGAAUGACCAGUCUAUGGACGAGAUGCAGAUCAUUGGAGGCGAAGAUCUUUCGACUCUGGCUGGAAAGAAUGUCCUCAUUGUUGAGGAUGUUGUUGGAACUGGGAGAACCAUGAAAGCCUUGCUCAGUAGCAUAGAGAAGUACAAGCCCAACAUGAUCAAGGUAGCCAGUUUGUUGGUGAAGAGAACACCUAGAAGUGAUGGCUUUAGACCUGACUAUGCUGGAUUUGAGAUUCCAAACUUAUUUGUGGUGGGUUAUGCCUUAGAUUACAAUGAAUACUUCAGAGAUCUAAAUUACUUCACUUUGGUGAUAUUUCACAGUCUUAGAACCUGGAAGCCUUUUCAGUGAACCUCUGAGCCCAUAUACUAGAAAUGCAACUGGAUUCCAUACUAAUAAAGGAGGAAAAGGACAAUUUAAUAUAAAUUUCAGUUUGCACACUUCUGACAGGCCAUUAUUAUCUGCUUUGACAAAGCCUCUCUGAACAGCAGUGUUCGGUGCAUCUUAAUGAUGUUAUGAAAUGGGCCUUUGCCCAGUGCUCUUGAUUGGAGCUUCCGGUAUGUGAUAACGGUAUGUCAUGUAUGCUUGGAUUUACUCAACUGUGUUUAAUACUCUGAAUUUUAAAUAGAAAAAACACAAUGGCAGCAAGUACCCUGGUUUCUCAGCACCACUUGUUUAUUCGUUUGAGACUUGAGCAAAUAGCAAAAUUGUGGGGGGAGGGGAAGGUGUUUUCAGUGCUUGAAACUGGGCAAGUAUAAAUUGUUCUUGUAUUUCCGUCAGAGGGCCAGACACUAUUAUGUAUUAUCCUAAAGAAGAAUACAGAGGCUGAAUAAUUUUUUUAAGUGGCCUUAUGAGACUGAUCACAUAACCCAGUGAGCUACAGAAAACUAGGAUACUUAAAAGUUUUUUCUGAAUAACAUUUUUUUCCAUUUCCACUGUUUUAUGGGAGGUUUUCUAAUUUAUAGGGAUUUUAAUUGAAAAUAAACUUGAGUGCCAAUAGAGCUGUUUUUUCCUCACUUCCUAAAAAGAGCAAAUGCAAAAUAAAUAACUAAGCAGCCUUUGUUUGGUUCUGAACUGUAUGUGGUGUAUUGUUAUUGAGUUCCAGCUUCCUUUAAAGUAAUAAAGAAUAAGAAAAC